UCUGCUCCUCGACAUCGAUUCGUUUCAAGAAGGUAGAAGCGAAUCAGUUCGUAGUUGUAUGACACAUAGAUACUAUGUGUUCUACCGUUGAAGCGUAGAUUCACACUGUCCGUGUGCCGCACAUCCAGACCUGCAGUUGUACAUGUAGAAAGAUACUCAUCAGCUUUUCCUCAGCUCAACAACAUGACCUCCUUCGACAUGGAUCUGUCCCCGAGCAGCCUGAUUCCCGUCCCGAACAGCACGGUUCGGUUGGCGGAGGAGCUGGGUGCCAUUGGGAGUGAAGACGAAGAAGGAGCACUGCACAGUCGAAGUAACGACAACCACCACUCGGAGAAGACUGGCUUCGAGGAUGAAAAUACCGGAAAGAGCGUCGAGCCUGUAUUGAGAAAACUUGUCAAGUACACCAUCAAACUGACCAGGAUCGCGGACUUGGAAAAGGUGCACGACGUGUUUUUCUCUUGCGCAUCCGACAGAAAAGUUCAUCUUGCAGAUCAUGAUGUUAACGAGCAACCAAAAGAAGAUGAAGUAGAUCUUGGUCUGGAAAAAGUAUUCAACAACUCUUCGUCAACAUCUUCCUCUUCAACACACACCGCUUUGACCACCGGCGGGAAAGGACUUGGGGCGGACUUGGCGAAAAAUCAAGAUGGAGCUGCAUCAAGAAUCCUGCACAGAAAUAUGAAAACCGGUGAAAAAUCUAGUUGUUGUCCUGUUCGGCGAGAAGAUGAUCAUGGGACGACAACUGCGACAGGGUCGUGCGGUGGGAAGACGACUUCCAGGGGAGCUGGUGCAACAUCCACCUCUAUUAGCAGUUCACUCGGAGGUCCUUGUCCUCGAGGUCGUGGCUCCGUUAAGGUGAAAGACAUCGCGCUCCUGCACGAUCAGUCUAUUUCGCGGUCGUACACCCGCGUUGUUUUCACAACGAAAUCCUCAUCUUCAAGUGCGCCGGGUAGUUCUCGAGGUCAGGGUAGUCGUAGUUCUACGUCGGCGAGGACAACGUCCAGUGCCCCCAUCGUGCUCCGGUGUGGCCGCCGACCGGGCAACGAGCUGGUGAUCGACGACCAACGAAUUAGCGGCAUUCACUUCUUGCUGAGACAGGUAUUGUUUUUACAUGAGUUUUGUUUGCUGCCGUGUUCUGCAAGGCAAGGGCGGGUGCACAGAACAUCAUUCCUGUUUUUGCUAUCGUUCAUCAUUCCUGCACGGCCUCGUUUAUCAUUCCUGUUUUUGCUAUCGCCAUCAAAGUGGUAGUACGCUGAAGAAAAAAAGAAACCUAAGUUCAAAUUUGUACCACAUUUAAACAUACAGAUGCCAGAGCGUGUGGAGCCUCCACCUCGGCAAGAAGAAAGCGACAAGUUCCCCACCACCAGCUCGAACAAGGAUCCACUACCACCACCCGUGUUCCACCUCGUAGACAGUUCGACAAACGGCGUGUGGGUGAACGGCGUUCCCGUCGAGGACAAGACGCAGUUGAGCGACGGCGACGUCGUGACGCUUUUGCACGACCCGAAGGUUCCGGUGAGGGAGCGGAUGUCCUUUCUGGUGCAGAUCGAGGUAGACGUCGAGGAGGUGGAAGAGGGAAAAAGCGGCGAGUUGGAAGUAGGAGGGCAAACGACAAUGCGGGAGCUGCAGUUCUGCCGAACCGUGGUGUUGAGCAACUUGCUUGGAACUACGACCUCUGAGGCAGCUCCAGCGUCUGCUCCUGCGUCAUCGUCGUGCCUGUCUACUUCGGCCGCACAGAAGAUGAGAGCCGCAGAUGUAGCGAAGAAUCGUGGACGAGAUGAAGAUGAAGAUGAAUGUGCGAAACCCUUCCCCCCUCCAGCAGCAGAAGCCAUAGGAGAAGAUGAAAUAAAUGAAGACGACCACCCUGCGGUCGUUCUGUCCGCUUCCAUGCUACGGAAAAAGUACAACUUUGCCACGCCCAGUCGCCAGCACGGGUCGGCAGUUCUGAACAACAGCGGGCUACUCGUACAACAACAGCCCGGUUGUGGUCUAUUAAGCGGGGGAGAGGAGCAACUUGCAGCUCCUAGUGAACAUACACCGUCGGCAGCCGUGGCGCCGGCUGAGGAGGGGACGACGGCUACAAAAAACGGCCCUCGUGAAGCACAUGCUCCAGCAGCGAGCAGUACCGGCUACGGCCAGAGAAUCACGAUCGCAGAAAACACCGCAGCCGCCGCGGUCGAAUCGUGUCGGCGGAACCUUGCUUUGGUGUGUGCGGGGCCUGACAGCGAAGAUUUGGAUGAAACAGAAGAGCAAGUGGAGGAUAUGCUUGGCGACAGCGGAGGCACGGGCGGGAUGGGGACACUUAAUCAGAAUCUGAACAAGCGCGCCGAGGAGGCAUCAAGUUCUUCCUCUUCCUCAUCUUCAAGAAAGGAUAACUGUUCUACGUCGGAAAUUCUACAAGCAGCAGGCGAAAAGCAAAAGGAAAACAACGUCGGACGACAGAGUGCAGGCACGACGGGCAGUUUUCCUGUUGAGGCGAGCAGGGACGGCGAAGUUGUGCGUGUCCCAUCAAGUUGUAGGCCAAUUGGGGAAGAACCGUCUUCAUCCUCCAGCUCGUCCUCGUCCGCCGCAUCGAGCAGUAGGAGCUCCGAAUUGCCAAAAGAGCCAGUCGCACCGGGAGAUGGAGCCGUGGCGGGGGUUGUAGUCUCGUCCACAACUACGGUUGUAGCUCCUUCCGCAAGCGCGACUACCACACCACCAGCCAGUGGACGAGUGAAUGUAAACAACGAAACGGAUGAUCGUCAGAGUAGACCGAGACCGCCCCCAACCGCACCACCUCCAGCGUUUCUGGCCAGUGCUGCCGGUCGAACAUCUUCAACUAGCCUCACAAGUCGCUUUCCACCGGCGCAAGUGGAUCAUCUUCAGGCAGGCAGCUCAUCCAGUAGUCCUACGGAGCUGCAAGAAGAGGAGCAAGAAUUAUUUCAAACUGUGCUGCAGCCAGGCCCGGGAGGAAAAAACAUUCGAGUGCGAGUGAAGACGACCAAGAAGGCGCAGGUAGUGCCCGUAGCAGCUUCUUCGUCGUCGGAUGGUAGAAGAAGUUCCUCGGCCUCGUCAUCGUCGAGUAGCACGGUUACAGGGCCGCAAGACGAACGAGGAACUACGGAAAGAGCAGGCAAUAGCACAGAAGAAAUUGGUAUUAUUCCAGACGCAUCAUCGGUUGAGAUGUCGGACAAGAAUUCUCGAGGUCGAGUCGAAAAUCAUUCCAGAAGUGCAGAACUUGCAGGAGUCACCACGACGGGUGCUGGGGCAACUAGUACAACAACUCCUGUAGAAGUAACUAACGACAGUGCAGGUCAUCUUGCAACAUCCUCCACCCAGCUCCGAGACGAGCUGUUGCAAGACAUCACUUGUGGUGUUUGCUGCGACGUUUUGUAUAUGAACUGCAAAAGUAUUGUACUCGUAUAAAUGCAUUACAAAUUUCUUCAGCGUGAGAAAUAAAAUUUCUCAUGCUGAUUUACCUUAAGAAAAAUAUUUGUAAUGCAAGGCUUGCAUUUAUACGAGUACGAUACUUUUGCACAGGAUAUUGUACAAGCCGAUCUGCGUGAUUCCCUGCCUGCACAACUUCUGUUCCAGCUGCUACUUGGAGUGGGUGCACACGUCCGUCGUCGCGAAACGAACGAUGAAGCCGCCGAAGGAGCAGUGCCCGAUUUGCCGGGUCGAGGUGACGCAUCGGCAGCUGAACUGUCCUCUAAUCGGGAUCGUGGACACGUUUUUGAAAAACCACCCCGAGAAAAAGCGAACGGAAAACGAUUUGGCAGAGCAAGACCGGAAGGAGGCGAACCUGCUGCAGACCAAAUCCUUUCUGGAAAAGUAUCCGCCAAACGCGCCGGGGCGACGGCGACCGGUCACGCGGGAGAACUCCGUGGCCUGCAGUGUGAUGUAGUAGUUAGUAUCUGUAUUGCUACGGAACGGCUGGAAGUCUAAAUGAAAUAUAUGCACAAUGAAGAUUCUGUUUCUAUUGUGACAACGAGCUUGCGGAGAUUUUUUUCAAAAAGUACUUCUAUCUACGUCGAAGUUGAGAAUAAAGAAAAUCGAUUGUUGAUGCUCAGUGAGCACAUUGUGCGAGGCGAUGGAAACAAUGGGACGGAGGACGAGCAGCAGUUUGUAGUAUAACGAAAGUUUCAAAGCCUUGACUUCUCUCCUAAAAUUAUGCCGAACUGAACUCCGAAGAUGCAAAAUAAAGUCGAAUGCAACUAAAGAUGAACUGAACAGUGCAGUUUUCUAGCGAAUUAAGAGACGUCCGUCUCUGUCGUUGGAAU